AAAAUUAGAAAUUUCAAAGCAAGGAAGGGACUGCAACGAAAAUGUUUCUCCAUUUUGGAAUACUACUUCUUCUGUCCCAAGGACUCCUUGGCGAAGGGGACAUUUCGGAAGCUAUAGAUGGAGACAGCCGAAUUAUAGGUGGCAAAGAUGCCACUCCAGGCAUGGCUAACUACCAAGUUUCAAUUCGUGAUCAUACAGGAUACCGAGAAUGGCACAUUUGCGGAGGGUCUAUUAUAAAUGAAGAGUACGUCUUAACAGCCGCUCAUUGCAUUUUUGAGAAAAACAUAAAAGACAUGUCAAUAGUCGUUGGCAGUCAUACGAUCAAUAAAGGCGGCGACCGAUACAAGAUUAAGAAAUUGAUCCCUCAUGAGAAGUAUUCUGAGCCGGUUUUAAAGAAUGACAUAGGUGUCGUACAGAUAGAAGGCAAAUUCAAAUAUAACGAUAAGGUUCAACCCAUUGAGUUGUUAAAAGAAAUGGCACCCAUUGGAAAAAAAUGUCUCUUUACUGGCUGGGGAUAUGAUGACCUUUGGAUUAAAGGACAUAGUGGAUCUCUUGGCAAUGAUGCUGGCGAUGAACUUGCGAGAAGAGGCUCCGACAUAUUGCCUGCUGGCCCGUAUCCUCUCCUACCCUUGCCCUUCUCGCAGGUGCGAGCAUGGAUUCGCUAA